AUGGAGGAUUCUUGGUUGCUUCAAUACUCAAAGAAUGCAGAUUCAUCAUGGUUUGGAUCGGAGGAGGCAUUUUCCAGUACCUGUGAGUGGGAUGAGCUUCUUCUCAACUUCAAUAUCUCCCAAGAAACGGCUUGGAUGGACUUAUUGGGUGAUGAAGAAGAAGAAGAAGGAAAAAAGGGUAAAGUAUCGUCAGAGUGUAGCAACAACUCCAUCAAUGGUGUAAAGGAGGGAGAGGUUUGCUCAGAAGAACCCAAGGAAGUGAAGAGUUACAGAGGAGUGAGGAAACGGCCAUGGGGCAAAUUUGCUGCUGAGAUUAGGGAUUCAACCAAACGUGGUACCAGGGUUUGGCUUGGUACAUUCGACAGCGCUGAAGCAGCUGCUUUAGCUUACGACCAAGCCGCAUUUUCAAUGAGAGGGCCAUUGGCUACUCUCAAUUUCCCCAUUGAAGCUGUCAAGGCAUCGCUUAAGGAACUCAAGGGUCGAUGUGAUGAAGACAAGGGUUGGUCCCCUGUGGUGGAACUCAAGAACCGGUAUUCAUUGAGGAAAAGAUCCAAGAACAAGAAAAUCAAGCCAAAGGACGCGGCAUUAAGGCAACAGCAAAACUUGUUGGUCUUUGAAGAUUUGGGAGCUGAUUACUUAGAACAACUGUUAAUAAGUUCAUGUCAGUGA